AUUACAUUAGUACCUUGCUUUAAAUUUAAAUUUUGAAACAACAUUUGAAACGUCGAAUUCGAAAAACAACUUCUGCCAGAAAAUGGAUACCGAUUUCCGCAGACACCGAUCAAUCUUACCGGUGAUUAUUGUGGUUUUAUCUCUGAGUUGGAGUCAAGUCAACGGACAUUGGUGGUCGGUUGCCACAGAUCCAAAUAUUGACAAGCUCGAACAAGGAAUAACUUCAAUAUGUGAGCAUUUCAAGGGCUUGUCUAGAAAUCAAGAAGCCCUUUGCAAGAGAUAUCACAACCACAUGUCGUUUGUCAGUGAAGGAGCAGAAAGUGGAAUCCAGGAAUGUCAACAUCAAUUCAGCGGACACCGAUGGAAUUGUUCCACUGUUGAAGACAGUACUGUAUUUGGCAAAGUGCUUAACAUAGGCAGCAAAGAAAUUGCGUUUACAUACGCUAUCGCCUCCGCUGGAGUUGUGCAUUCCAUUGCAAAAGGAUGUAAAAGUGCCGAAUUAAAGUCGUGUGGUUGUAGUAAGAAGCCACGACCAACGGGGCUGCAUAACGAUUGGAGAUGGGGAGGCUGUGGAGAUGAUACCGAUUAUGCUUAUGGAUUUGCAAGAGAAUUUAUUGAUGCGAGAGAAAGAGACAAUGUCUCUCCUAGAGGACAGAAAGCAAAAGCAAGAAAAGCAAUGAACUUGCACAACAAUGAAGCUGGAAGAAUGGCCGUGGUUCGGGGUACACGACCUGCAUGUAGAUGCCAUGGUGUGUCAGGAUCCUGCAGUUUAAAGACUUGCUGGUUUCAAGUACCCGACUUUCGUGUGAUCGGGGACAAAUUAAGACAAGCUCACGUAAACGCUAUUGAGAUGCGAAUGAGUAAACGAGGACAAAUACGCCCACGAAAAUCAGGAAGAGGGAAACCAGUUUUAACGGACCUUAUAUUUAUAGAAUCAUCGCCCGACUAUUGUAAACGUAAUUCUAAAACUGGCGUUCCCGGCACUAGAGGGCGUGAAUGCAAUAAAAAUUCGUCAGGCGACGAUGGGUGCGGACUUCUUUGCUGUGGGCGAGGCUUUCGACGUCAAGAUGUUACCGUCGUUGAAAGAUGCAAUUGUAAAUUUCAAUGGUGUUGUACCGUGCGGUGUGAAAAAUGCAGAAAAACUGUUGUAAAACAUUUUUGCAGAUAAACUAUACUAUCAUCAUUCAAAACAUGUUCCGGAUAUUUCAAUGCCAUGACAACUUUCAUCCUUCUGAUAUUACCUGAUUGAUUAAAAAGCUAAAAGCCGCCAAAGUUGACUUGAAAAAAUGAAUGAAAAACUGUAUUUUACCUACAUGGAAAAUAUAUAGGAUAUUUUUUGCGCAAUAAUAAUCAAGAAAAAUACAAAAUUUUCAACUUCUUCAAAGAAAAGGAAAUAAAUAAAAAGAAAAACAUCAAUUUUACGAAGAAGAAAUAUCCAGAAUUUUUCGAAUAAAGAAACAAAUACAGUAAUCAUCGAAGUCAACAACGUCGUGACAUCUCCAGUUAUAAUUUGCGGCGUUAGUUUGAAGUCACGGAGCAUUUAUGUCGGAUAAAUUGUCUUGCGCAUACUUUCAUUGAAUAAUCACUGUGACCAAUUAUUAUUGUCGCCAUUCUUUUAUCUCAUCUGUAAUUUUCUGUCUGCGAUCAUUUUUAUUCGUUAUUUGCGUGAUUUUCAACAAUUUUUGUGUCACCGUGUCAACGAAGCAUUCUGUAAACAAGGUAUAAAUUAGGUACCGAAACACAUACCUUCAUUAGCCUUGUUUGUAAAGCUAUCUUAUAGUUGUCAGAAAUAUUUCUAUUUAUUUUAAAAAUUCUUUUUCGAUUAUGUGCUUAUACCUCUCGAAGGAAAUUAUGUUCAAAAAUAAUUUGAGAUAUAUCAUAUUAUUAUACAUUUUGCUUCAUCUAUUGGUGUAAACUUUUUUAUAUUUAAUUUUCAUUUAAUAAUAUCAAUUUAGAAGUCAAGAAUAUUCAAGUUUGCAUUUCACUUUCAACGCCUGCUUUCAACACGUAUUAUUAUUUUUGUCUUUGUCUUAA